GACAUGUGGCAUGGUGUAAAAAAUGCUCUUGGCAUACUGAGAGUAGCUGUUGAGCUUGAAUGCCCACAAAUUGUUGCUAAUUGUGUGGACUAUUUGGAAGCAGUCCCCUGGGAAGAAGCCGAGGAAGAAGAAAUUUUAAAAAUUAUACCUGGAAUGGGAGCACAAGCAGAGCCAGUACUUGCUCGGCUCCGGCCAGUCAAUCCUCUGGCUAUAGUUAAGAUUUUUCUGUCAGCUAUUCGUUUCUCAACAUCAUCACCCUCAUCUUCAUUGAAUGAUCUUAAAACCUCGGCUCAGGAGCAGCUUGAAUACAUGCUGACUGAAGACGAUGAUGCUCCAUUAUUAACCGCAGAUGAUGAGAUCAAAUUAGAGGUCAGACAAUGUGUCAAUAGACUAUCAAGCAGAUUUGUAAAUCUUGUGCAUUCUUUGGUUGGUGAUCUCCAAGAAUCAGUUGCCGACUCAGAAAAACUGGAAUUAUUCAAGUCCAACUUAAGUGAUCUGUUAUGGGCUUCUCAAAUAUUAGCAAAGUUGGAAUCCUUGAGAGAUUUUGUUUACAGCUGGGUGGAGACUUCGGAAAAUAUAGUUAAAGUUGUCGAGCACACAUGCCCAGCAGGUGAAUUGUCUGAAGCGAAGUUAAAAGUUCUUGAAGUGACAGUUAAAGUCUUGGAAGCUAUAGGAUAUGGGACUGUUAUUUUGCCAACAAAAAAACGCCUUAACAUGAUUAAAAUCUGGCUUCCAUUCAUAAGGGUCGUGAAGUUUUCAAUUGAUUCUGUCACCUCCGAUGAUGACAAGAAUCUGCUGUUAAAAAUUGAUGGUGAGCUUUGGCAAUCAUUGGAGUCGGCAUUUGUUUCAAUAGUUCUCACAUUGCCAUCAGGGAACCAGGCAGAAAUUUUAACAGAAUGGUUAGAAAAUAAGCACAUUCAUUAUCCAGACCUGACGGAGGCAUUUGAGGUUUGGUGUUACAGGUCCAAGGUUGCCAAGCGAAGGCUGACAAUGCUAGAUGAAAGCCGUCAGACGACUAACAGUGUAUGAUUUCUUAGCUUUCUUUUUUUUUCUU